AUGGGCGCAGAUGAAAAUAGAGACAAAGCCGGGAUCAUGCGAUCUGUAGUGGCGAGCGGUCAGGAGCCGGUUAUCCUCCAUAAUAGGCGGCCGAAAAGAGUUACCGCCGAAGUAGACGGUUCUAGAGGCUCGGAAUCUUAUAACAAAGUCAACCCGCUAAAGAAGACUUCAACAACCGAGUCAGAUGAAAGAAGAGACGUUCUAUCUUCCAGCCUGAUGCCUAUCGGUGUUCAGGCUAUGCAAGAGCUCUCAUUGACGAGUUCCACUCACAGCUCCUCUUACAGCCCAGACUCUUCUAUUUUCGACGUGGUGAAGAAUGAACCGACUUUUCUCCCCCACUACCGUCCCAGCGAGUACAGUCAGCUGCAGCUGACCGAUUUCAACCGUGAAUCGGUGCGCCACAACAUGAUGAUAGAUGCAGAACUUGAGGAGGAAAUGAGAAAGCAGACUGAAGAAUUGAAGGAAGAACCGGAAGACGAGACGGAGACCACGAUCGACACAAGCGAAAAGGAAAAUAUAGCUAAAUUAAGGCUUUGUGACAGACAGCUGUGGGAGCUGGCACGGAGCUUCCGAAAUAAUACACGUCGCGUCAACCAGAAAUCGGGCCGAGACGGAGAAUCUGGCAAGUUUCUCAAGCUCUGCGAAGAUAUCGUCGACGCAUGUACCGAUAUUACCAAGAAAGACGAUAAGGAGGAAAUCCUGCGCGAGUUGAGAGAAGUGGGAUGCAUCAAAGUGCCGCGCACCGCCGAUGGCAGGGUCCAAGUGCAGCACUGGACGACAGAUGACAGAAUAAAGAAAAUCUACCCGCAGAACAUGAUUUACAUUCUCUUCAACCCUUUCGUCCAGUAUUUGAAAGAGACGGAUUACUCCAAACCAUGCCAAAUUUUCUCGCGAUACUGCGAAGACGACGGACAUGACGACGAAAAGGGAAAGAAGAGCUACUUUUGCUUCAAUCCGUUGCAUUACUACCCUCAGCUCACUCGACAACAAUUUCAACAUGAUCUGUCGAAGAUAAUCGAGAAAAUGAAUCCAAAGGAAUUCAAGCGAGCGAACUUCAACAAGGAUCUUGACAAGUGGGGCCGCACUAUUUACAGUCUCUUUCUCUGUGGCCCAAACUCUUCUGCUAAUUCGUUCGUCGACGCUGUGGCCAGUCACAUGAAUCUCCAGGAAGAGGAGAAGAAUCUGACGGAGAUAGAGUCAAAGAUGGACCAGAUUUCAAUUUCCCGGAAGCAGCUUUUAGCUAAAGAGUCCAUUCUCUACCAAAUCAACCUGUCUUCGUGCAAACGCGGCUCGCGCAUGUUCGGUGAAUGCUGCUACAUCAAAUUUCCGCCCGCACAUAAAGGAAAAAACGCAGACAUCCACAUUGCAGAAAUUCGACUAACCAUUGUCCAGUUCUUUCGCCCAGAUAUUCUCCAAGAUGAGAAAGUUGUCAAGAACACGGUCAAUGAGAAAUGGGCGAAAUGCGACGAAAAAUCUAUGGCGCGCUACUGCAUCAACCCCAACCACUGCACUGUAUUUAUGGACAACAAAACCGCAGAUAAAGAUCCUAAUUGCCCAGACUUAAAGGAUAUUGAAACAAACGACCAAACAUUAAACAAGGCGGCCACAUGGGGCGUGAUUUCAUUCGUUCGAUUUACGGAUAAAAAGAGCGAAACUGAAUCGAUGGAGAGCAGAGCGUUUAUCCAUUCCAAUUUCUAUUGCUACUUUCCAUGGUCAGGAGAUAUUCUUUCUGACAAUCUCAAAAUGGCCAAAGAAAAAACCAGCCCCGAGGAAUGGAAGGAGGACAAGGAGUUCCCGCUAGUCUUCUCACGAAUUAAGAUCAAACCUGCAAGCUGCAACCAAGACGACGAAAAAAACUAUGAUCCGUGUAAAAAAGUCAAGGAUCAGUUCUCUUACAGUUCAAAGUUCAACCUGAUGAAAAAAGAUUUUGAUGACUACGCACGAAAGUAUUGCUUGAAGAGUUCGAAAGAGGAUCCGUCACACGAAUACUGUAUUCGACCGAGCCGCAUGCCUCGACACUGCUCGCACUCGUACAAAGAAAAUAUGAAUACAAUUUCGCAGUACCUAAAGAAAAUCAGUAGAAAGGACGACUACGAUCUUGAGCUGAACAUGCGUGUUGCCAACGACGAGAAUCAAUUCAAAGAGCUGAGGGACGGCAUAGAGCUCAACUACUCCGUCUGGUUAAAAAAUCACGGCAGGAGAAGCGUGUAUGUUUCGUUGAGCAUCGAGAACAGAUUCGAGCUAAGCGAAAAACUUUACACUGGUUCUUCGCGGGAGGUCGGUGAAAUACUACUUGAUCCGAUGGCCGUGCUCUUCAUGAAGAUUCCAGAUUCGAAGUCCGCGCGUGUUUUGUUUCAUUACAGCGGUGGGCCGCAUCAUGAUCGCUUCAAGAGGACGGUAGAAAUUAUGCACAAAGACAAACAAGUUCUCUUUAAUCCCGCCACAAUGACCGCUAAUCCAGAUCACCUAUCUAGCGUCUACAUUGUCUAUAAGUGGAAUCACGCGAAAAAAGAAGUAUUUCCUCCCGCAUCUGAAACCGACUCGACGACGGAUAAUGAUCCAAGCUGGGUACCGAAGAAUGAUGUAGAACGACUCAGAAUGGCCAGCGAAGGGGAUGAAGACCCCGACUGUCCGAUCUGCUACAGGAGGCUUCUUCCGAAACUAACAGUAGAAACAGCGUGUGGCCACAAAUUCUGCAUCGUGUGUCUGACCAGAUGGGCAAGGGAUAAAGUCGUAUUCGCCUGCCCGUACUGUCAGGGAAAAGUACAAACAACUCAGCUUGAAUUCGACGAGGAACAGGGCUCUUUGGUGUUUACCUCACCAUGGGGCCAAGCGUAUAUACAGAUGCCGAGUGCAGAGCUGGGCAUCGCUUCUUAUCAUUUUGUCGACGAACGCACGGCCUACAUUUCUUACGACAGCGACUUUGCAAGAUCCCACUGGCGAAUGACCGACGGAAGUGAGCCCCCAGCUACGAAGUAUUUCGUUGAUGUCGAGUACGAUCAAGAAACCCGUCGAUUUAGCGGCACUAUACUUUGGGAAGGGGAAGUGCGCCUUAUAGAGCGAUGCGGAUCUUGGAGAUACGAUUUCAAAUUUAGCGAAGAUUUCCUGAAAAUUGAGUCUGGGACUUGUGAAAUGUUGCGCGAGAAUGGGACAGUCUUCUGGAGCUCCGAUUUCGUUCCUACGAGAAAUCCUGACAGUGAGAGACGGGAGCUUUGUUAUUCUCUCUUUAUUAGAGAAAAACUUAUGGCGAUUCUGAAUAAAGCGCUGAAGGGAAUCUGCUUUUCCUGCUACUCAGAAAAAGAUCUCGUUGCUCUUCCAUGCAAGCACACGCUCUGCAAGAUUUGCAUCAAACCUUACGGGCAAGUAGGAAAAUGGGCUAAAUUUUGCGAUUUGUGUGAGAGCAUUUUCUUCUUUGCCGAUUUGGAAAUACCCGGGGUUGAGCGAAAAGCAAUCACUUCUCCGAUCGGACAAGUCUAUGCUCAGGAUUUGGGUGUCGGUAGUGCGUCCUACCACUUCGCGGCGGAUGGACCCUACAUUUCCUACGAAAAAGCGCCAGAAGGGUGGAAGCUCGAUGACGGAAGUAGACCACCGGCUCGGAAAGAGUUUCUGAACUGGAAUUAUGAAGAACAAGAGCGCAAGUUCACUGGCGAGAUCCGCUGGGAGCCAGUUACCUUCACAGGCGACAAUCUAUGGAUAUACGAGUUCACUUUCAACGAAAAAUUCACAGAAAUUGAAAGCGGUUUUUGUAAAAAUUUUUCCCCUCAAUUCGAAAAUGGAGAGUUUGAAACUACAACGAUAUCUUCGAAGGGACCCUCUUCUCUCCAUUACAUCCUCCAAGAGGAGCCAAUGCUGGACUAA